AGCGCGUCGGGGCCUGGUUUACCCCGUGCAUCCAACAUCUCAACAAUUCUCAUUGCAUCCAUCUUUAACAGGUACCUACAUCCGAAUCACUUCACUUCACAUAUCCAACGUCAUAAUCAUCACAAUCGAUCAUCUUCUAGAAAAUCUCCGCCUAAUGUGGAGAAAUAAAUCACACCAUCAUUUCCCCUCUCGUGUAGCUGAUUACAGGGUCGAUCAACCGCCCCCUCUCGUAUCCUCAGACCUGCAGUUCAAUCUUACAUACUCUGAUAUGCGCAUUGAGAAGCACUCUUUCUGCAGGGAUUUUCCCAUCGCGUUCAAGGGUAUACCGAAUUUGGCGGAUCUGCAUCAGCGCUGACAUCAAAACCUCGCAACAGAGCGAAUCAUCAUUGCGAAAGGAACAGCGUGACAUAUGCUGCAUGCAAAGCUGAAUGCUGAUGUGCAAGGGAGUUCAUGAUGGUCCGGAUCUUUUUCUCUUUUUCGCAUUUCUACUACGGUACUUUGUCUUUCAUAACUACAUGUCCGUCGUCAAAUCACAAGACUUCAUCCUCCCCGCCUCUAUUUUCCUUUUCGCUUAACCCUUCUGGCCACCUGUGGGGACCUUGAACAGGACAGCUCGGCCGUCGGGUCCUUGGCCAAGAGCCUUGUCCACACGGUAGUAUCCCUUGCGCUCGAGCUGGAUAAAGUCGUUCUCCUUGAGGCCGGCGAUACUAGCGUCGACCAGCGCAUCGACCUUCCAGGCGGUGACAUCGGCCAAGUAGUCGUCAAGGUUGUCAUCCUUCUCUAGUGUGUCCUUGGUGAUGAGGUAGCCAAAGUCCCAGAGCUCAGCCUUGACAAGGUUCUCGGGGUCGGCCGCUAGCCAGUGGACCUUCUUGCUGGUGGUCUUGAAGUCGCCGGCGAGAUGUAGCUCGAGGGUGAGGUCCUUGAUGGGUGAGGCGGACUUGUCGAGGCCGCGGACAAUGGCGUUACCCCAGCUCAUCAGGGUGAUCUCCUCGUUAUCGGCGAAUUCAGCAACAUCGGCUUGGUCGAGGAGAAGCUUGGGUCCAAAUGUGACCUGCUUGGUACCGACGUCGGGGUUCUUGACGUGCUUGGGUCUAUCCUCCUUGUAUGACUUCUCAGGACCGCCAGUCACGGUGACAGUAACGGCGUCCUUCUCCUCAAUGGCCAUGUAUCGGGGCACAACAGGGUCGAGCAUUCGCUUGUUGAUAGCCCAGAUAGUUGUCCAGUCCAUGGUGACGAUAUUUCGGCUAGGUCCCUGCUUCAACAUGAACUCACGGAGAGCGGGAACGGUCAAACCACGACGGAGGAUACCGCGGACGGUAGGCAGGCGAGGAUCAUCCCAGCCGCUGACACGACCGGUGUCGACAACCUUGGUAAGCUUUCGCUUGGAAAGGAAUGUUCGGAUAAAGUUGAUACGGGCAAACUCCCAGAGGUUGACCUUGCGGAGCUUGAGGUUGUCGAUGAACCAGUGGUAUUGCUCGUUACGGUCGGCAUACUCGGUCGUUCGGAGCGCGUGGGUGACACCCUCGAGACUGUCGACGACGGGGCAGGCGAAAUCGUAGGUAGGGUAGAUGUUCCAGUCCCAGCCGGUUCGGUGGUGAGGAGCAGGCUCGGCGCCCUUCCAGUUGGGGAAUCGGUAGAUGACGGGGUCUCGCAUGGAGCCGUUGCUUGAGUCGAAGGCGAUGCGAGCGCGAAUGCAGUGUUUUCGGCCCAGGUCGGUGCCGUUCUUCAUCUCUCUGAACAUGGCCAAACUCUCCUCAGCAGGACGAUCACGUCGCUUGCUGGCAAGACGGUUCUUGCGAUCAUCCUUCUGGACCUCGGGGUCGGUGUCAUCGGCGUAUGCGUUGCCGUCGAGGAUCAUCUGCUCGGCAAUCUCGUAAAGCUCCUUGAAGUAGUCGCUGGUGUGAGUGACGGAGACGUACUUAAUGUCCAUCAACUCGAGAUCGUGGAGAAUAGAGUCCUCGAACUCCUGCUUCUCCUUGGAGGGGUUUGUGUCAUCGAAUCGGACGAGGAGCUUGCCAUUGCCAUCGGGGGCAGUCUUGGCGAAGUAAUCGUUGAGGAGAGCGGCCUUGGCGUGACCGAUGUGAAGGUAACCACUUGCGAAGGGUCAGUAAUGUCGCGCGAUGCGUAUUGUGGUGAAGAACGUACCUGGGCUCGGGAGGGAAACGGGUGACGACACCAUUCUCGGUGUUCUGGAGGCCAAUGUUGUAGUUGGCACCACCAACGCGCUUCUCCUUGCCAGAGUUGAGUUUUUCCUUCAGCUCAGGGUGAGCAUCCUCGAUGAACUUGAACCAUCGGGUGAUGUUGGCGUAGGCGCCCUUUCGGACGAGGCCAAUGGCGACCUUGUUGGUGCGGAGAGCAGUCCAGACCUUCUCGUCGGCCUCGCUCAGGGUGUAACCUCCAAGAUAGGUUCGGAGAGUGAGGUGCUUGUCAAGAUCAGCGGCCAAGGGACCGAGAGUCUUGAAGUCGGCUGUGGCGAGCACUGGAGCCGCGCUCUCAGCGUCGAAGCUCAUGAUGGCGGGGUUGGAGGAGGGGAAGGUUUGUCGGGUAGAGUGUUCGCUGUAACAAUCGUGUGAUGUAGCUUUGUCUCCUUCGUAUGCGUCUAUAAGUCUCGUUUGCGAUCUAGUCUUCGUCUAUGCAGGAACGGAGUGGGAAGCGUCUGGUAGAAGUAGGUCUCGUUGCCCCAAUUUGAGCCCGAGAUUUUGGAGGGGUCAAAGAUUUUGGCGGGGUGAUUCUGAUGACUCAGGAUCUUCGUAAAAGCACGUGACCCUAUCGUGUGACAGGACAAUCAACAUUCCACGAAUGCUACCAUUGACUCUAGACCGAAUAUUUGGAAGGGGAUGAAUACUUUAUGCAUUCAAUUUCUUGUAUAUGAUCCAAGGUAUUUCUUCAUUUCGUUCAAUCGCACCGAUGUCAGGGCCAAUUCGCUUACUCCGUUCCCAUCGUCUUACUGUCACCCCACCAAUAGCGAAGCCGGAGGAGCUUUGAGCAUUGCGAGAACAACAUUCCCAUCCUUGGGGAAUAUCUCGAGAAUUUUUGCUGAUGAGCCACACCGAACACGGAGAGCAUCCGUAUAUCGGUCAACAGUCAUCUUAUUUUGAUGACGAUUGCAUGAAUAAGAUCUUGGAUAUCCCGGCGUGGCAACCCCAGGCCAGGCCGGAAGCUUACCCGCCGGCUCAGAGCCGGCUUCUAGACCACGACACUCCGGGAAUAACCACCGGGUGCUGGACAAGUAUUAUUUUCUUUAAAUGACCCAAUACAUCACUCUGAAUCUGUACUUGUAUUUUGUCUAUUGACUCCUCUAAUCAUUAUCUUAUCACUUUCCUGAACAGUUCGAAGCCAAUCUUCAUGUCGUAUCGUCCAUAUGAAACCAUGGAUGAGCUAAGAUAUCUCUUGCAGACACUCGCUGUGCAGGCUCAUAGACAAAAAUUUUGGAUGUCAGAUCAUAUAGCAAGUCAGCUUCGUGCAUCGAUAUUUUCUGCAGUGAUUCAAUGAUCUUAUCAACUUUGUCGGAGUAUGCUCCGAGGUAGAUAUCAUCAAUCCUAAUUGCGGCAGGUUUCCAAAAUUUGUUGCUGUAACAUUCCAGAUAUGGUUUGUUCUCAUCUUUCACUCUAUCUGGCGCAGCUGAUGUCGACUGAAGCUCCUCGAGAUUAUUUGGUUGAUCCCAGAUAUCGCUGAUCCAUUGCUUCAGCGAUCUCGUGUUUUCAAGUAUUUCACCUAGGGGCUCGCCAUUGGUCGUGUCCGUCGUUGGAAGGCCAUCAUCGUCAAAUAGUGGCUCUUCCCAUGAUAUCGGCAUACGGCCAAUGUACUCGCUGACCCAUCCAAGCAAGUUUGCUGGGCUAUCGACGUUGGGAAUCGAGAAAGGAGAAGAGCCUGACCUGAUCUGGAGGAUAGAACAGCCCAAAGCCCAAACAUCACUCUCCGGGCUGGCUGAUUUUCCAACUGCCACCUCAGGCGCCAGAAAGCCUGGAGGUGUCCCAAGUGUUUUCCUCGGGGGCGCAGAGGUCAAAAAUGCCUGAUCACAAUCGAUCAAACAGAUAUCAUCAAGUAUGAGGUCUUCUGCUGACGUGAAGUCAAGGUUGCCAACGAUAUACCGAGGCGCCUCUGCACCAGUAGGUUCACCCGAUAUCGUUCUCAAGCCAUCGCGUUGAGGUUCACCAAAAAGCCGGUAUAUACCUUGAUCAUCAAGAUGAUCAAGGUUACGGAUGCGAAAGACGAUAUUGCUCGGGGUAAAGUCUACAGCGAAUCAGUAGAGUGAAGGUAGGAAGGAGAAACGCUGCUUACCUCCGUGACAAAGACCUUGAGAAUGAAGAUCUGCGAUAGCUUUUGUAGCUUGAAAAGCCACGCGACGCGCCAGCCAGCCAUGAAUCCUACUCUGUAGGUAUUGGGACAGAGUGUUGCAAGAAGGACCACAAGGUGGUAGGACUAGACAUAGAUGACGGCCAUUGGGUCCUUCGAUGUGAAAGAAGCGCUUAUAAGUGACGAAUCUUUCGUCAUUCAUUUUCGAAAUGAUAUUGUGCCACAUGACUGCCUUUUCUUCCAUCAUAGAGGAGUCCGAAGCAGCUACAAUCUUGAGGGCCACUCAGAUAGAGUCCAAGGAGUCGUAAGCCAGCCAUACGACGGAAAAUCCGCCAUGCCCAAGCUUAUGGACAAUUCGGUACCGCCUUCCGUCAAAGUGAUCACUGAUGUGAACUGGAUGGAAGCCUUCUUUUCGAUAAAAUUCAGGCUCCUCUGUAUCGAUAAUCCGGAUGGUUUCAAACCGACACGACUCUUCAGACCCGAUUGAUGCAUUGUUGGUACUUUCACCAAUGGAUGGAGACAUAAUUAGGUGAUAUGCUGAUGAAGUGAUAGGAUGAAUCCUCAAGCUUGUUGGUUGCAUAUUUCAAUCAGGCAACGACCUAUCACGUGCGAGAUGUCAAGCUUGGGGUCAGACAAAGAGCCUGAUUUUAAGGCACAGACUCAAAGUGAUUGUUUGUGCCUAUUAAUGCCUACUUGCCAGUUUCUCGAUGAAUUUAACACAGCAAUGAAAUUCGUCUCUCCUUUGUUUGAUAGCAUAUUCAAGCACUUGGUGAUAGAAGAGCUACCCCAAGUAUAGAAAGUAUUCUGAUCAACAGAGCGGUCUCUAUUAGCUCACACGGCAGUGAAUUACAUAAAAAGCUCACUGUUUGGUUAGAGCUAACGCCUUCUGAGAUUAUGAAGCUAUCCCGAGACCUAUGUCUGGCCAUUUUUAGAAUACGUCCGAAAGGCCAAUGUUUGCGCAAUUUGAACUUUACUCUGGAGGCUGGGUUCACGCAGAAAAGCGCGUAAAGCAUUGCCGGUCUCAAGGUGGUUGCAUUCCAUGCCGAAAUCGACGGAAGAAAUGUGAUGAAUGUCGCCCAACCUGCGGUAGCUGUUCCAACCGUCGAGUUACUUGUAGCUGGCGCAGCAGUAAUGAGCGCCGUAACCAGAAGCUCGAUGUUCGGGCUGGCGAGAGGAGUAGUGUGAGUCCUCAGUUAGAUGAUAGCUCUCAUGGCGAGACCAGCGGGCCUAGCACACCGAGUACCUUUGGUGAGGAGUUGAUCUUACGAAACGGAUGCCGCCUGUCUUCCCCAAUACAUGACCAGGCCCUCAUCAGCAACACAGGGGCCUUCAACGAAUGCUUCCAAGGCCUGCCCUCAUGCUCAAUGACAGGAUUGCUAGAGGUUCUCGACCAAGCCACAUCAAGACUUGAUCGAGGCCGAGAGUUCUCGAUGCUUGCUGAAGGAUUUGAAGCUCUAGUCAACUCCCGCAGUAUGCUUCAUGCAUGGCUCGCAUGUUCAGCAAUUAUAAUCUCGCAGUUUCAACCAAGCUGGCGAAUACACGCCCUCCAACAACACAGCGACGCGCUGAAGCAACUGCGCCUGAGCACAAGGAGUGAGAGGAGCCUUACCCAGGAUUCCAAUAUCGCGACUGUGCUGUUGCUGCAUGUUUUUGAGAGAUUUGAGAAUUCCGCUACUGAUUCUCUAACCUAUCUCUCAGUCACGGCGCCACUAUGUCUCGCACUUGAUCAACCGCCUCAGAACACCCAUCAAGCUCUGGUGUUGGAGACCCUGGUUUAUCAUGUAGCCAUAAACGGUGUCUUUCGUCCAAGCUAUCUACGCAAUUACCAUGAUCUUUCGAAGAUUAUAAGCCUAUGGUCCAAAUCACCAGUUCUGGAGUCAGACACCAGCUGUCGUGGAUUUGUGAAGGCAGGGUUAUCUGCGUGGCUUCCCAUCGAGCUCUUCGAUAUCCUGUUCAAGGUCUCCCAUCUGCUACAUCAUCGGCUCAGCGUGGCCUCUGAUUAUAUGCAAUUCAGACUGCAGGAGCUGAGGAGCAGACUGCACGAGAGCCAAGUUGGACUGGGCAACAUCGAACAAAUAGAGCCAACGGCAACGGCCACCAGUCAGGAACUUUCAAGCACCAACCAUGAUACUGAGAGUUUCCAUAUCAGAUGGGUCUAUUCACUGGCUAUCGAACUUCUAAUCACCAAACUCGAAAACCCAUUUCUGGGGGCUGGAGAGCCUUCAGUCAUAAGCCUUUGUGAAACAGCACUUCAUCAUCUCGCCAGGGUGCGAUCCGACUUCACAAGCCUGCUAUGGGCUAUCACUGUUCUUGGCACCGGUAUGACAACGACCAAAAGUCAAGAUCUCAUUAUUCUACAUGUUGAGGCCAUGAAUCACUUUGCUGGCGGCAGGGCAGUGCGAUCCGUCGUAGAGUUUCUUUUAUGUGCCUGGAGGCCAAGACCUAUGGAUCUUUUUGCGCCUGUUGCUGGAGUUUUGACAGAACAGAGCCCUGCAGUGGCUGAUAGAGAGAGGACUUCCUCGUUGGGGCUCGACAUCCUGUUCGAAGAGUCUCUGCUCAAAACGGUGAUUCUGUAGGAAAAGGGAGACUACUCGGUAUGAACAGUGUACUCGUCUUGUAUGAAUAUAAUUGUUAGAAAGCGUGGUGAAUUGUGACUUUCUGUGCUACUGGAAACUAUUUACUCUAUUCAUAGACCCAAGUUCUCGGCUG